AUGCCUUCGUCCGCAUUCAAUGGCAGUACCGGCAGUCACACCCUCAUGUGGCCCCCCGGCACAUCGUGCCUUGCCGAUAUCUCGCCGUCUACGGGGGAUGCCAUCAUCAACCUGCAACCACGACCCUCCGACGACCCCAACGAUCCCCUCAAUUGGACCCCGGGGCGCAAGUACUGGAACAUGGGACUUGUCUGUUUCUACGUGGCGAUGGUCGCAGAAUUCAUCAACGCCAGUACGCCCACCUGGGGCCCCAUGGAGUCCCAGCUCGGGUUCAGCGAUGAGAUCAUGAAUGACAGCUAUGCGGCUGGGUGUGCAGGGUUGGCCGUUGGCUCCCUCGUCUUGAUCCCGUUUGCGCUCAAGUUCGGCCGUCGACCCUUGUAUCUCUUCAGCACGGUGGUUCAGUUCGGGAUCUGCAUCUGGUCGGCCAAGAUCCAGACGGUGGGGGACCUCAUGGCCGUCAACGUGAUCCAGUGCUUCUUCGCGAGUCUGGCCGAGGCCAUCGUGCAGAUGACCAUCGCGGAUCUGUUCUUUGUGCACCAACGGGGCAGGAUGAAUGCGCUGUAUGUCUGGACGUGGCUGCUCUCCACCUACCUCGGCAUUCUCGUGGCUGGGUUCGUCGCUGAUGGUCUGGGGUGGCGAUGGAUCUGGUGGCUGAAUGCUAUUAUUUGCGGGGUGACGAUAUUUGUUGUCGCGUUUGGGUAUGAAGAGACCAAGUUCUGCCCCCGGCCAGUUGAGUCCGCCAUGACGAAUCUGCACCCGGUCCUCUCGGAUGAGAACACAUCGGGUGCAAUGAAAUUUCGCAACCACGACACGGGAGAGGACGGGGCAAAGAAUCUCAACGAUAAAUCAGCCACGCAAAGAAGCCAGAGCGACGCGGAGAAAAGUGCUCGCGAACUAGGCUCAGUGGAAGCCGCAGAAGACAGCCGGCGCGAGACCACCCCACGGCCCGCUCUCAACCCUAACAUCCCCAUGAAGACAUACUGGCAACGACUUGCCCUGAUCACCCCAACGACCUCCUCUGGCGCCGCGCAUGACACUUUCUUCCAACACAUGUUUCAACCGCUCUGUACGGGAUCUUGGUGGCCCUGGGCGAUGUCAUGUCGACCACGAUGUCCACCUACCUACCCCAGGCGCCCUACAACUUCUCCACCUACGAGUCUGCCGCGGAUGAUCGGCGUCACGAUCGGGGCCAUCAUCGUCGGCCCGCUGAGCGACUGGUGGAUUGUCUAUCUCGCUCGCCGCCGGCACGGCAUCUUCCAACCCGAGACGCGGCUGUGGUGCAUGAUCCCCUUCCUCCCCUUCGUCGUGGUCGGGGCCGUCCUCUUCGCCAUCGGGCUCAGUGACCACCGACCGUGGCCGGUGAUUGCCGUGGGACUGGCCUUGUACAACAUCGGCGUCACCCCGAUCAACACUCUCACCAUCACCUACCUGACCGAUUCGUAUAGAGAGAUCAUCGGCGACGCCCUGGUGGGCGUAACCCUCACGCGCAACACGUUCAGCACGGUGUUCAUCUUCGCGCUCUCGCCGUGGGUCGCGAGAGUGGGGCUCAAGGAUACGUUCGUGACAAUCCUAGUCCUCGCCGUCGCGAUCCUGUUGGCCUUCGUGGUGUUUCUUCGGUAUGGCAAAUCGCUUCGGGGCUUUUCGGCUUCGCGCUAUCUCUAUUAUGCCGCUCGGCAGUACAAGGAGAGAUCGGGUUAA